AUGAUAGCAAUUUGUGUUCUCAGACGAUGCAAGAAGACGCCAAUAGCCAUAAAAUAUCUCUCAAUCAACUUUCUGGCCAGCGACGCCAUGUUCCAGAUCAUAGGUGCUCUGUUUUCUAUCGUCAAAUUUAUGGAUAUUGUCAAGAACGUAACCGUGCUGAAAGUCGGUUACCAGUUUACACUUGGGUUGGCCCUGAGCGUAUCUUGUGCUUCUAUUAACCUUCUAGCUUUUGACAGGUUGAUUGCGGUCACUUUGCCUCUUCGGUAUCAGUCUCUCGUGACACGUUUCCGAGCAGUUCUUGUCAUACUGAUUGUAUGGUCGUUUAACAUUAUUGCGUGUUCUGCAAGCUUCAUUUGGUUUUUGGUUGACUGCACUGUGGAGCAAUCCAUUUGUUCCGGCAAUAAUGGGUUGCGGGCCUCCUUCACUGACAAACAACACAUUACACAUAUUGUUUUGUUUGUCUUGUAUGAGUUGGUGAAUAUCACAGUGUAUGUUGCCCUCGCUUUGGCAUUGCGUAAUUACUUUGACCGCAAAGGGAAACUCACGGCAUCACAAAAUCAGAUGAAUCGAGGAAACAGUUCCGUUCACCGGUGGAUUCUAUCCCUUACUUUUCUACAGCUGGUGCUCCACCUACCGUACUUGAUUAAUACGUUUAUCACUGUAGUUGUUAAAGAGUUUUGGUACCAGACCUGGCGGGAGUACGUGGAGGUUCUCGCGCACGCUCUUCUCCGCGUGAGCUCAAUAGGCAGUUUAUAUCUGUACACGUGGAAGCUCCGAGAAUGUAAAUACGUCUUUCUCACCAUGUUUUGUGGAGGUAAUUCCAAAUUUGGAGACACUAUUCGAGCUCUGAAGGGUGACAUAUACAAAACCUACAAACCACAGAGCAUUUCUAAACAAACAUCAGCCACGGUUGCAACAGCUAAGCAUUCCAGUUUUGACAAAUAA